CGGGCGAGAGAGAGCAGGAAAAAAAGCCAAAUAAAACCAGUCGCCAUCUUCCCGCUCCCUCCCUCCCUCCUCCCCCGUUCAUUGAAGGAAAGCGUUGGCCGACUAAAAACGCGAGAGCCUGCUGUUGCCGCCUCCACCGCCGCUGCCCUUGACACCUUUUGAAUGGAGGGUGUUUAUUUUUUUAUAAAUGUGUGUGUGUGGUGGUGGUGGUGGGGGGUUGUCAUAGUCCAAGGGGGGUGGCUGUGAGGCCGCCCAGGCCACAUCUUGUUGCUGCUGUUCAUGUGGACACUUGUGGACAGAGAGAUAAGCUGAAGAUACCGCUCUCUGCUGCCCACCAAUCUCAACCCCCACCUCUCCAUAUCCUAUCCCAGAUCAAUACCUCUCCCUCCCCAUGUUGGGACUUGAUGCCAUUUAUUUCGCUUUUUAAUUUUUUUCAAAAUUUAUAACAAAAAUGAAAUGCUUUGGAGCCAAAAACUGCUUAUCCCCGAAGAAGGGUCGCCUAUUCCCAUUCCUUAUCUGCAGAGAUGCUGCCUGUCCCGUUGAGUUACUCCAACAUUUUGUGUCUACCCUCUCCUCUCGACCUCUUUUAAGAUUAUUGUGGGUCAACCUGUCUCCAGAGCGAUUAAACGAAACCUCUAGAUCCUCCUUUCCAUUUGAAGUUUCUGUUUUAUUUUUUGAAUGACAUUAAACUCGAGCUAUCUGGCAAAACUAAACGUCUUGAUUAAACAGUUAUCUUGUAAGUUUGUGAUGUGAUCGAUAUUUCAUGAAUCUUAGCAGGGACAUUACACUCAUUCGCUCUGCAAAAGUUAACUUUUUAAUUGUGGUGGUGGUAUACAGGGUGUCACGAGUAAUAAAGAUAUUUACUACUUUGUAUAUAAAAUGUUUUGUCAACUUUAGAAUCAUGCGUUGCCAGCUCUGACGGAAAUUAUGCUAUUUAUUCUGCGAAGACCCAUUUCGGUUUACGGUUUGGUUUUUGUCUUCAAAACACUUGUCCCUCUAUCAGUGACACAUAUUGACUCUGCGUGUACGAUCAGCAAUGUGCACUGCUUGCUGCAAGUUACCAAUUUUUUUUAAUAAAAAAAUGUCACCUGGCUGACAUAAUCAGAAGAGCAAAUGCACCAGAAGCUGCAAAUACUCCCCACCAGGUUGUACACCAUUCCACCUUUUGGGUAAAAAAACGAUCUAAAUACUCCUGGCAGUAGAUUGUGAGAUUGCAUUGGUUCAAGAAGGCAGCUCACCCACCACCUUCUCACUGACAUUUGGUGAUUGGCAAUAAAUUCUAGCCUUUAGAACUACUACAUAUUCUGAAUGUUUUUUUAAAAAUCUCUGGAAGCAGGUAAGUUAUCUAGUAGUACCAUAUGGUGGAACCCUGUUAUAUGGAAAUCUUCACGGCAUGUCAUGAUUGCAAUCGUUCACAGGGAUAAGUGGGAUUGAAAAGGCCAGAAACAAUUUUCAGAUUCACUUGCAGUAAGAGUUUCAAAUCCAACUCAUCAACUUUUUAGGUAGACACAAACUGCUGCAGUAACUCAGCGGGACAGGCAGCAUCUCUGGAGAGAAGGAAAGGGGGGCGUUUCGGGUCAAGGCCCUCUUUGGUCCGGAUCGUCAACUUUUUUUGAUGUUGAUCAGAGGAAUGAUUUUCAAACCUUGUGCUGUGUGUUGCAAGUUGCAGUGACCAACAUAUUUAAUUAUAAAAUUAUAGGAAAACUGAUAAACUAAUGUAUUAAUUUAGGCACACAGGCAUUACCUAAAACAAUAAAACUGUCUUUAUAACCUGAACAAUUAAUUUUGACAUUAGGCAGAUUAGUCCAAAAAAAGCAAAACUUUUAUGCAAAAAUACUUUUACUGUAAUUGUUUAUGACCUGGCAAAUCAGUUGGGGCAAAGAUAUUUUCCCACUUUAACCGGAUUCCACUAUGAUUACAGAGAAUAGAAAUUUGUCGCCAAUGUUUUUUUUGUUCCUACAAUGCUAACUUUUGAAAGAUUCAUUUAAGGUGAUAAUUUCAGAAGAUAUCAAUGUUUUGACAAAUGCUAGAAACUAACGUAUCAAUAGGAAUCUACUGUUCUUUCUUGCUUGCAAUUUUGGGGCAGGUAAGUGCUGAAUUGAAUAAUUUGCAAUUGAUUAUGUGCAGUUUGGAUCUUUAUUAUGGGUGUAAGUUAUUUCAGUUGAAUUGAGAUGCACAUGGAAAAGGAUCUGAUUCAUAUGCUACAUAAUGCAUUAUUUUUAACUGAAAAUUAAGGUAUUGUAUUUUUCAAAGUACACUUUUUAAAUCACUGCAGUUAAAAUGUUUUCCUGUUCAAUGGAUGUUCCCAUUGCAGUUAUCUUAUUCCAUUCCUAGCUAAGGCAUGUUAGCUGAAAAAACAAUUCUCCAGAUCAAAAACUUUUAAUAGGUGGCUGAUCAGCAUUUCAUUUGCACUGUAUUCUUUGAUUCCAUUGCUUCACCAAAAUCGUUUGUCAACCUUAAACUGCAUUUUGUUGCAGAAUCAACACUGACAAAGUUCCAGAUUUGUACCUCUUGUAGGAUUAGCUGGGGCAAUGUGUCUGCGGAGUGGCCCAACUAAUUUUAAGACUGACGUUUUGUUAAUGAUUUCCUCCAGCAAAAGAAUUAAUUUCGCCCUUAAGUUAUUUUAACAGUUUAACCUUUAGAGCCCCAUCUGGGGAGCUGACCACGGGUCUAUGCAACUGAACCAUAACUUCAUCCUCUGUUGCAGAGGCAUCUUCAUGGGGGUAAAAUAUUUCAUUCUAUCAAUAAAUCUCUUGAUUACUUAUCUGCCUACAAGCUUUUUAUGGUUUGUGGACUUGAGUCUUUGAUCCUCUACACUUCCAGAUUUUAUUUUAAAAACAAUUAUCCAUUUGCAUCCAAAAUGGAUUACCUCUUGCAUGACUUGAUCCCCCUUCUCUGAAAUUUCCCCCACUUGCUCUGUGUUAUCAUUGUUUCUUUGUACUGGUUACGGUGCUGACUCAAAGGCCUGAAUGGCCUAUUCUUGCACUUAUUGUCUAUUGAUUAUUGUCUAUUGUAACUUCCUGCUCACAAUUCAACUAAUGUUCCUCCUAAUAACGCAUGAUCUGCAAAAAUUGGUAGUUCUUUCAUCUAAAUCAUCAAUAACUAUGAUGAAAAGUUGAGCUCCUUGGGGUGAUAACGCACAUUAUUCUUCCUGGGGCAGUUUAUCCUUCAUUAUCACUCCCACUUUGCAUUAAGGAAACUAGAAAGGGUGUAUUUAUUAAGCAUUUAGUAAGCCUGGGAACUAAGGUUGAAUCAACAUUGGGGUGUGUUGGGUGUAUGAAAGAUUGUCUGUGCUGUGUUACAAUGAACAAACCAGAGGAUUAUUUUCUUCUCUUCUCCAUUAAGGGGUUGGUUAUACAGUUUUAAUUUGGGAGCAGAAUAAAAUGAAGUAAUCCUAGAAGUUAAGAGAAAAAUUUACGUCUAUUUUUCCAGGUUUAAAUAACUUCUCUGAAACAUUUGCUUUUGCCUGGGCCAAAAAUGUGGUGAUAAACACCUUGACAAUUGAUAAAUUCCUGCUUUCACAUUGAUUUCUCAGUAAACAUUAUAGCCACAUUUAGGAGUUGAAUAGAACAAUAAUGCUAUUUAUUUCCAGUAGUCAUGAGAACUGAAAAGUACAAAACCUAAUCAGAAUUGGAAAUAAUGUUCAGGGUUGAUACUAAAUUGAACUUUACCUUUUUGGAUUUAUUUCCGUAAUUGGUUUAAAGUUUGCAGCUUGUAGAUCCUUGUGUACAAGGGUCUUAUCAAAACAAUGUACAAAUGUGGUGUAAAGAUAUGUCAUGGCUGACAGUAAGGAAAUUGAAUCCUUCUGGUUGUGAUCUGGCUUCUUACCCAGCAGCUUUUCUUGUAGCUACCUUUUACCUCUAUAUACUAGCCCCAACAUAACUUGUCCAAAAGCAGCCCAGGCCAUGGAAUUAAAUCAGUGGAGAGAUGGUAUGUUUUGACAAAUAUAUUUGUCAGUUAAAACUUAAUGGAAGCAAAUGUUUUUUAAACUGUAUUCCAUUUGAAAUGUUCAUGGCAAGAUUUUUAUUUCCCAUCAGAGUGUCCAUUUUGCUCGUGAAUUGGCUGCAAAUAGGUAUACUUUUCAGAUUACUAUAAUUACAAAUUACAGUAUUGGGUUCUACAAAAUAUAAAAAGUAAUUUGUUGGUGCUGAAUUGCUGCGUGGUUUGAAACUUGAAAGUAGUGCUUUAUCAAUUUGAUAAACCAGGAAAAGAUGUCUCGAAAGGGAAUAUUUAUGUAGGGUGCAAAAUGUUGAUAAAGUUGAACAUGUUAACUUGGCCAUUGUUUAUUGUAUAAUAGCUAAUAUUCUCUCUGCAGUGUGUGUGCUAGAGUGGUACCUGCAGGUAGGUGUGCUGAAUAUACAAUAACUGUAUGCAGCCUAAACACAUUACUUAGAUGCUAUAUCAUAGAAUUGCAUUCAUUUUUGCUAGAUUAGUGUCCAAGCAAAAUGGGGGAAAAAACAGAUUCUAAGUUAUUUCUAAAAUAUUUAACUUUUUCCCAGAAAGCUUGUUAAUUUAAUAUAGUCUCGAUAAUUUUUAAUUGAGAAACCAAGGUGGAGGAAGAUCAUUAUACUACAGGACACUAUCAAAGUAGAAAGAUUACCAGGGGUAUGAAUGGUAGCUUCGUAGAAAACUAAAAUGGAGCCAUGACAUGCACACUACAUUUGAUAGUAGCAAUGGAUCAUUUAGCCUCUUGAAUGCAAUUACUCCAGCACUUAUGUUAAAGGUGCAUUGCUGUCACUGGUACUAACAGUGCAACUGUAAGCUUAGGAUACCAGCACCAUUCAUGUGCCUCACUUGAACUUCAGAUGUGCAAAUCUUUUGGAAAACCCGUGGUUUCUCCUUUCUGCAUACGAGUGUAACUCUAGGCCUUACUAGACCUCUCAGCAACAGCUAAGAAUUUCAACACCAACAAUUUAAGCUGUGCCAAUCUUGUGGAAUGCUGCUUAAAAGAGCAUGAGAAAUAGUCAGAAGUGAAGUUAACAAGAUAAAUAUAAAGCAUCCCAGUCCUGUAGAACUGGAAUCCUGCAGGUUCAAUCAAGGCAGCAAACCAAAGGACAAAUAUUUUGCCACUCCUUACUGAUUUUUUUUUUGUGUUUCAUUAGCAACCAUAACGUACCUUGCUGUUGUCUGGCAUCCUUUUCUGUACACGGCUGAAUCUAACCUAUUAUAAAAAUGUUUGGCUUUAUGGAACCAGUUGACUUGGCUGUUGUAGGAUGUUAUUUUGUUCUUGUAUUGAGUAUUGGGUUUUUUGCAAUGUGGAAAUCCAACAGAAGUACCGUGAGUGGGUACUUUCUUGCAGGACGCUCCAUGACCUGGGUGGUAAUAGGUGCUUCAUUGUUUGUGAGCAAUAUUGGCAGUGAACACUUUAUUGGUUUAGCAGGAUCUGGAGCAGCCAGUGGUUUUGCAGUGGGAGCUUGGGAGUUCAAUGCAGUGUUACUUUUGCAGUUAUUAGGUUGGGUCUUUAUCCCAGUCUAUAUUAGAUCUGGUGUGUUCACCAUGCCACAGUACCUUUACAAACGUUAUGGUGGUAGCAGAUUAAAGAUUUAUUUUGCUUUGUUGUUUUUACUAUUAUAUGUUUUCACCAAGCUUUCCGUGGACUUGUAUGCCGGUGCACUGUUCAUCCGAGCAUCACUGGGCUGGGAUCUAUAUAUUUCUAUCAUCAUUUUGAUUGGAUUGACUGCAGUAUUAACUGUCACAGGAGGACUUGUGGCUGUCAUCUACACGGAUGUCAUGCAGGCCAUUCUUAUGAUUGGUGGAGCUUUAACACUGAUGGUUGUCGGUUUGGUCAAGGUUGGAGGUUUUGAGGAAUUGAAACGAAAAUACAUGCUUGCCUCACCAAAUGUUACUGGAAUCAUUGCUUCCUUCAAUCUAAGUUCUACGAACACUUGCCAUAUUCACCCAAAAGAAGAUUCUCUGAAGAUGCUGCGUGAACCAACUGAUGAGGAUAUUCCUUGGCCUGGUUUUCUGUUGGGUCAAACACCAGCUUCUGGUUGGUAUUGGUGCGCUGAUCAAGUCAUUGUGCAGCGAGUCUUGGCAGCAAAGAACAUCGCUCAUGCCAAAGGAGCCACUCUGAUGGCUGGUUUUCUGAAACUUUUGCCCAUGUUCAUCAUAGUCAUUCCGGGGAUGAUUUCCAGGAUUCUCUUUACCGAUGAGGUUAUUUGCAUUAAUCCAGAACACUGCGUGCAAGUAUGUGGUAGCAGUGCAGGUUGCUCAAAUAUUGCUUACCCACGCCUGGUGUUGGGAAUCUUACCGGCAGGCCUUCGUGGCCUCAUGAUGGCGGUCAUGAUUGCAGCCUUAAUGAGUGAUUUGGAUUCUAUAUUCAAUAGUGCCAGCACAAUAUUCACCCUUGACAUCUACAAGCAUCUUCGAAAAGUUGCCAGCUCUCGGGAACUUAUGGUGGUCGGUCGCUUAUUUGUUAUCUUCAUGGUGGGCAUAAGUAUUGCCUGGGUUCCUAUAAUUAUAGAGAUGCAAGGAGGACAAAUGUAUCUCUACAUCCAAGAAGUAGCAGAUUAUCUCACACCGCCUGUGGCAGCAGUGUUCCUACUUGGUAUUUUCUGGAAACGCUGUAACGAGCAGGGGGCCUUCUAUGGAGGGCUACUUGGAUCGAUGUUGGGAAUAAUCCGCUUGAUUCUUGCUUUUGUUUAUCAAGUGCCAGACUGUGAUCAGCCUGACACAAGACCGAGCUUUAUCAGAAACAUUCACUAUAUGUAUGUGGCAACAGUUCUAUUUUGGAGCACCAUCAUUAUAGCAGUCGUUGUGAGUCUGCUGACACCUGCUCUUCCGAAAGAAUAUACUCGCAAUACCACAUUCUGGUCAUUAAAAGACUUGGACAACAUAAAAAGCUCCCAGGCAGAUGAAUCGAAUAAAAUAGAAAAUCGAACGGUGUCUGAAUGUAACGGCAGUACCACAUGCACGGAUAAAUCUGAUUGUAAUCGCAAGGAUACUGAUGGAAUAGAAUUAGUUUUAUUAAUGCCUGGAAGUGAUGAUUCCAAAUCUUUGUGUUCCCCAUCCAACAUCGAAGCACUGACUACAAAUGAUGGUUUUUUAAAUGGUCAAACCUCUGUGGACCAAGAAACUAAAGAGGAACCUCAACUGGAAAGAAGCAAGUGGUGGAAAGUUAUUGACUGUAUUUGUGGACUAAAAAAUUAUGAUGUGACAGAUACAGUAGCGAUAAAUACUGUAGAAGACGAACGCAUUUGCAGAGAAAUGCUUCAAGAGAGCCCGCAGCCGGAGAUGGCUGCAGCCCUGCGGCGUACGGUCGAGGCGUUACUGGAAAAUGGAGCCGUGGUGAGGAAUCUGGAAAACCUGGGAGAACGGACACUGCCAUACAAAAUAUCCAAACACAAUCUGCGGCACACCAGAGGCGGGUACUUCUCGGUGGACUUUGAAGCACCUCCGGCCAUUAUCCCCACCAUGUUGGACCAUUUAGACCGUGACGUUGAUGUGGUCAGACCUACAAUCCUCAAGCACAAAUUCCCAACGACUGAAGACAGCUGCCCAGGAUUGAUCCCACCCGACUACGAAGCAAAAUUACGCUCCAAAAGAAAGUGACCUCACCUUGCUUGAACUUAAAAUAUUUUAAAAUGUAUAUCGACAAAGCAUUCUACUUGAAAAGGUUAUUAAAGGUUAGGUUUUCCAUUUCA